AUGGAACUCUACAUGCCAAUCUCCAUCUCAAAGCACUUCGUUGCCUACUUCCUUCCUCUCGCGGCCUCCAUCGCAAUCUCCGCGCUAAACUACGCCGGCCUCACAAAAGUCCCACACAUCUUCAUAGUUAUCGCGAGCCCGGCUCUCCUCAUCCUUCAGCCAAUCUGGGAAGAAGCUCAUUUCUGCGAGUUGGAAAGACAGAACGAAGAACUGAGGGCUAAGAACAUACGUCUCAGAGCGCAGUUGAUGGCAUUCGAACACGCGAUUGAGGAGCUGGAGAACGAAUCCGACGACUUGGAUGACAAGGCUAAAAUCUUGGCCAGGAUAGAGAAGAUCAAGGCACUACAGGAGGAGUUUAGGAAAACAAUUGGAUGA